CCUUUUUCCUGUGUUACUCCGCCGUGGCGGAAGUAAGUUGUAUCGCUGAGGCCUCAUCCUUCCAAUGGCGACUGCAAACAGGCUGAAUAGAAAGCGGGAGCAACCGUGGAGGGGGGUCAGCGACGUGUAACCGAAAUUAAAUAAAUAUAUCUGAUUUUUCUUUAGCCAUAAAGUUAGUCUGAAGAUCACUCCACCUCUCCAAAUCACGGCCGUUUCCAUGGCCAAAAGUCGGAACAUUUCGCUCCUUGAGUCGGAGCUCUAUUACUUGAUUUCUCGUUUCUUAACAACGGGUCCGUGUCGGAGAGCGGCUGAGGUCCUAGCAAGUGAACUCGAAGAAUAUCAGCUCUUACCGGGAAGAUUGGACUGGCUGGGAAAUGAACACCCUAGAACAUACGAAGAUGUGGUUGCUGCCAACAGACAUGUUGCACCCGAUCAUUUGCUACAGAUAUGUAAGCAAAUUGGACCACUCCUCGAUAAAGAGGUCCCAUCGUGUGUCCCAGGUGUGCACUCUCUCCUGGGGUCUGGAAAGCAGUCCAUGCUUCGGACUGCAAAAGACUGUGACGGUGUGCAGCUCAAAGCUUCAUCAUAUGCAGCCCUUCAUCGGGGCAGACCACCAGAGAGGCCUUUGAACCAGAAGCAACCUCCACAUCAAGUGAAGGUACAUCGAGGGAGGGAGCUGACUGGAGUACAGCGUUUUAGCUCCAUCAGUCCUGUCAGCACAUAUGAGCACAUGCGCCUGCACAGGCGGAUCCUGGGACAUCUGUCUGCAGUGUAUUGUAUCGCAUUUGAUCGAACCGGUCUCAGGAUCUUCACAGGCUCAGAUGAUUGUUUGGUGAAGAUUUGGUCUUCGCACGAUGGAAGGCUUCACUCAACAUUGAGAGGACACUCUGCAGAAAUCACAGACUUGGCUGUCAACUAUGAAAACACACUAAUUGCUGCAGGAAGCUGUGACAAGACCAUCCGUGUGUGGUGCCUUCGUACCUGUGCUCCUAUGGCUGUGCUGCAGGGACACAGUGGAUCCAUUACCUCCAUUCAGUUUUCACCUUUUGCCAAGGGCUCCAAACGUUACAUUCUGUCCACUGGAACGGAUGCUACUGUCUGCUUCUGGCAGUGGGAUGUCAACAACAUCAGCUUCAGUGAUCGGCCAUACAAGUUUACAGAGCGGCCAAGGCCAGGGGUCCAGACUGUGUGCUCCUCGUUCAGUCCAGGUGGGAUGUUCUUGGCAACAGGAAGCACAGACGAUGUCAUUAGAAUAUACUACCUGGGAAGCGGGAGUCCAGAGAAGAUAUCAGAGCUCCAUGAGCACACGGAUAAGGUGGACAGCAUCCAGUUCUGCCACUCAGGUGAAAGGUUUGUAAGCGGAAGUCGAGAUGGAACGGCUCGAAUCUGGAGGCUGCAUCAGCGGCAGCGCUGGAGAUGCAUCCUACUCAACAUGUCCGCAACUCUUCCUGGUGCUGAACCAACAAACGAAGAGGAAAACUACUUUAAACCCAAAGUUACCAUGGUUGCGUGGGAUCGCCAUGACAAUACAGUCGUCACGGCUGUUAACAACCAUCUCCUCAAAGUGUGGAACUCCUACACAGGACAGCUGCUACAUAUCCUAAAAGGCCAUGAAGAUGAGGUGUUUGUCCUCGAACCUCACCCCUUUGAUGCCAGGAUCAUCCUGUCUGCUGGCCACGACGGGAACGUCUUCAUCUGGGAUCUACAACGAGGAAAAAACACCUGGCAUUACUUCAACAUGAUUGAGGGUCAGGGUCAUGGAGCCGUUUUUGACUGCAAAUUCACUCCUGAUGGUCAGCGGUUUGCCUGCACAGACUCACACGGCCAUCUGCUCAUCUUUGGCUUUGGCAGCUCCAAACCGUACGAAAAGCUGCCAGACCAGGUGUUCUUCCACACAGAUUACAGGCCGCUGAUUCGUGAUGCCAAUGGGUUUGUGCUGGAUGAGCAAACACAGCAAGCUCCCCAUCUGAUGCCCCCUCCGUUCUUGGUCGAUGUAGAUGGAAACCCCCAUCCACCCAGAUACCAGCGUCUCGUCCCGGGCAGGGAGAACAUCGCUGCCGAGCAUCUGGUUCCUCAGCUGGGAUAUGUAGCUACUAGCGAUGGCGAGGUGGUGGAGCAGGUGAUCAGCCAGCAGACGGCAGAACCCGAGGAGGUUUCAGUGAGACGCAGCAGCCUUCUGGACGAGGCGAUCCGACAGCUGCAGGAACAACAGGACCGGCAGAACCAGCUCGGGACAGAAGCAGCACCAGGUCCUGAUGCCAGACCAGAAGGCCAGAUGUUGGCACCAGCACCAAGUACUCCACGCAGAGUGUCUGUGAAUGAGCGAGCAGAUGUGCAGUCACCUCCUAAUGUGGGUCUGAGACGAAGUGGCCAGGUGGAGGGUGUGAGGCAGAUGCACCAAAAUGCUCCUCGCAGUCAGAUGGCCACAGAAAGAGACCUGCAGGCUUGGAGGCGCAGGGUGGUGGUUCCUGAACUGGCAGCUAGUAACUACAGGAACCAGGAGGAUGUUCGCACAGCCAGAGGAGAUGAGGAGGUUUUCCUGUACAACACAAAGAAGAGAUGGAUUAUCUAUGGCAGCUGUCGGGAUGAUUCAGACGAGGAACCUUCGGCUGCAAAGCGAGUUCACAGCCGCAGAGGUUCCUCAGAUCUUAUCGAGUUCUCAUGUGAAGAAGGCGAGGAGACGGCUAGUUCAGAUAUUCACUCUGAGGACAAUGACCUUGAUGGCAGUGAACUGGAUACCUCCAAUGAUGAGGAAGAGUGGAACAGUGACAGCUCUAACCAUACAUCCAGCGAGUACUCUGACUGGACAGCAGAUGCUGGCAUAAACCUGCAGCCCUCCACUCCGCUGUCCUCACGUAAGCGAGUGAGGCGCAAACUCAGCAGCUCUGAGGAAGAGGAUGAAGAAGACAAUGAGGAAGAGGAGGAGAAGCAGCAAAGUGAGGAGGAGGAAAAACCAGUCAAGAAAAGCAAAGAGAAAGCUAAGAAAGCCAAAGCCAAGUCACCCCGGCGUCCAAAGCCCCGACCAUCGAUUAACAGAGAAGUGUCAAAUGAGUUCAGGCCAUCAGCGUGGAUCACCGAUGUCAUUCCCAGGAAGUCUCCUUUUGUUCCACAGAUGGGCGAUGAGGUGAUCUACUUCCGCCAGGGCCAUGAGGCCUAUGUGGAUGCUGUGAGUCGCAGUGAGCUCUAUCCCAUCAAUCUGGAAAAACAACCAUGGAAAAAAAUGGAGCUGCGGGAUCAAGAGUUUGUGAAAAUCACUGGUAUUAAAUAUGAAGUUUGCCCUCCAACGCUCUGCUGUCUGAAGCUGACUCUUAUCGACCACGGCACCAAGAAAAUCACAGACAAAUCAUUUUCUAUCAAGUACCACGACAUGCCAGAUGUGAUCGAUUUUCUGGUGUUGAGGCAGAGUUAUGACGAGGCGCUCCGUCGAAACUGGCAGCCAAAUGACAGGUUUCGCUCAGUGAUCGACGAUGCCUGGUGGUUUGGGACCAUCGUCUGUCAGGAGCCCUACCAGCCGGAAUACCCAGAUAGCCUCUUUCAGUGCUUCAAAGUCAGAUGGGACAACGGAGAAACCGAAAAGCUCAGUCCCUGGGACGUGGAACCUAUACAGGACGAUGCCCAGCCCCCUGACACAGAUGGAGGAGGUAUCCCUGCGACAGCGGAGGAGAUGAAAGAGCUGAUGUACAAACCUGUACCAGGGGAGUGGGGCGAGCGGAGCAGGGACGAGGAGUGUGAACGCAUCAUCGCCGGUAUCGAGCAGCUCAUUACUCUCGAGAUUGCAGCUCCGUUUUCUGGUCCGGUAGACUUAAUCCAGUAUCCCACCUACUGCACCGUGAUCGCCUAUCCCACCGAUCUGGGCACAGUCAGACUGCGGCUCAUCAACAGAUUUUACAGGCGCCUCUCUGCAUUAGUUUGGGAAGCCAGGUAUAUUGCACAUAACGCCCGCACUUUCAAUGAGCCAAGAAGCAAGAUUGCCCACUCUGCAAAAAUCAUCUCAAGCGUUCUCCAGAAAUUUGUCAAUAACCCAAGCUGCACAGAUAUUUUGGAGAUCUACAAUGCUGUGGAGGAGAUGGACGAUGAUGAUGAGGAAGAAGAAAUGGAAGCACCAGGCACAUCCUCAGGACAUAGACUACGUCAGCACUCAGUGGAGGUCUUGCCAGACCGAGAUUCUUGGAAGGAACAUUGUAGGCAUCUGGUCAACUAUAUAUUUGAAUGUGAAGACUCAGAACCGUUCAGACAGCCUGUGGAUCCUGAGAACUAUCCUGAUUAUCUUGACAUUAUUGAUACUCCAAUGGACUUUGGCACAGUGAAAAGGACUCUGGAUGAAGAUCGCUAUGAAAACCCUAUAGAGCUGUGCAAAGACACGCGCUUAAUAUUUGCCAAUGCUAAGGCUUACACGCCCAACAAACGCUCCAAGAUUUACAGCAUGACCUUGCGACUCUCUGCCUUCUUCGAGGAGCAGAUCAGAACAAUCAUAUCAGAGUACAAAACUGCCGUCAAAAGCAGUGACCGACUGCGCCGUAGUCAGAGAUUUCGCAAGAAAAUGCAGCAGCAGGAUCAGUCCUCAGCCACAACAAGCAGUCAAAAAAAGUCCGCUGUUAAAACUCAGGAAAAAUCGGAGUCAAUGUCCAUAACAAAAUCUACCUCAGCCAAAGUGUCUGUUCCUGAGAGAGCGAGACGGAGUCGAGGCAGAAGCUCAGGUCUAAGCUCCUCAGAGGACGACUCCGGCUCCAAAGCUGCCUCAUCCACGGCAGAGUCUGAAAGCGAGAAUGAACAGAGUGAUUCAGAUGAUGAGGAGACACGUCCAGCGUCUUCAAAGCGUCAUCAAAGCAGACACAAAGCCAGAGUUACAAGAAGCAAAACUUCCAAGAAGAAGAAAAAAGCUGCUAAGAGUGACAGUGAAGACGAGGAGGAGGAAUGUGAGAGUGAAGGAGAGGAUGAAGAAGACGGAGAUGUUUCCUCCAAGUCUUCAGACCAUCAGUAUACGAGCAGAAGCACACGACAGACCAGAAACAGAACCGCCAGAGACAGAACAAGAGCAGAAGGCAGAGCAGAAAUGAACGGCCACAGCAGCAGGGCGUCACGUCGAGAAAGGCACCAUCACCGCAACUCUGACCGAGCCUCCUCCCAUGACUCGGACCGGGAAGAAGAGGUGACCGUUCCCAGGUUCCUCAAGAGAAAAACAGCGAGGGCUGCUGUCAGUAAGAUGAAACGACUGGAGGCAUCCGAUGAAGACUAUGAAGAGGAAGAGAGGAAGCCAAGAAGAAGAAGAAGAAGCAGCAGCUGCCUCCGCCACACAUCUCGCAUUGGCAAACGCACUGCGGUGAUCCAGAGCAGCUCUGAGUCGGACGGAGAGUUGUCAACUGAAGGUUCCCAGAAUACUAAGGAAUCUGACAGCGAAUCCAUGGGUGAGGAAGAUGGGACUGGGAGCGAGGUUUCAUCCUCUUCCCAGAUUAAACAGAAUGGAGUUAACAAGAAAACCAAACACACUGCCAAAACAAGGACAAAUGAUACGUUGUCCCAAGUGAACGGACACAGUGGAAAAAAUAAAUUUGAAAGCAACUCUGAGCAAGAAGAGACUGCAAAGGAGGAGGAAGACCAGAUACCUCUGUCUCACAAACCGUCUAGAAGCACUGCUGGAAGAAGUAGGAUUACAAGUGAGGAGGAGGCGGAGGAGAGCGAUGAGCGCCAAACCACACAAAAUAAAGCUCCUGUAAGUUCAGAUGAAGAGUACUGUGCCAAAAAACGGCCUCAACAAAAUGGAAGGACUGAUAAAGAAUCAUUCCAUAGGGACUCUAAGAAAAAAAGUAAAGUGUCAGCAUCAAAAAGCCAAGACAAACAAAAAUCUGCCUCAACAAAAAUACUGGAUGGUGGGGAAUCCGAUGAACUCAGUGAUCCUCCUCCAAAACGAUCCAGCCCACAGAAGAAAGGGACGAAGAAAGUGGAAAGAAGUCCCUCCAGCAAUGGGUCUGACCUUGAAAUAAGGAAACUAACCAGAAGCAAAACCAAAAGGCCUCACUCCACGUCGGCUUCGGAAAGUUCUGAGGAGUACAAACCCCAGAGGAAGUCGUGGAGGAAACACUCCACUGGAUCGUCAGACCAAGAGUCGGAUCAUUCCGAUGACGCGUCAAAAAGACGGCUGAACCUUCGCGCUCUACCCAAAAAGAAAUACAUAGUUGACAACUCUCUUUCCGAGGAAGAUGUGACGCGAGAAAACCAGCGGGGGCAAAAAACCAGCAACAAGAGAGAGUUGGAGUCGAGGGAAGAGGGGUACAACACAAGAGUGUCCAGGAGAACGUCUCCCAGUGAAGGAAGGAAUCAGGUCACUUCCAAGAGGAAACGGAUUUACACCUCAGACUCCGAGGAUGAGGAGGAAGACGCACAGAAGGAGCCUCUAAACAUCAGCAAUAGUAACAGCAGGUCGGGCUCCUCCAAGAGCUUUAAAAGGGAAUCCAAGCAAGAUGACAAAGAGAGUGACACUUCAUCCCACUCUGAUUCCAGAGAGGAGGAAGAAGAGGAGGACAUUCAGUCAAACAGGAGGAGGAAAAGCCUUAGGCAGCCAAAGCCUAAACGGAAGAAAAGCUACAGCAGCAGCAAACACAGUUCAGACUCAGAAAGCAAGCAGAUGUUUUCAGCCUCUGAAAACUCCUUUUCCAGCUCAGGGUCUCACAGCAGUCCAAAGAGGAGAAGUCGCAUGCAAACGGAAAGGCCCACGAGCUGCAAGCUCAGACUGCGCCGCCAUCAACGCAUCUUAGAGGAGGACAGCGAACCACAGAGGAUGAGACGCGUCAACACUCGGAACCGAGGCAAGCGGACUGUUAGUUACCGCGACAGUGAAUGAAAGCGCGGCUGGAGGCUUCACCGGGAAGACGGACAUUUACUGGACAGGUUGGGGACACUUGAUGGCCAAGUUAUGGUAGUAGCACUGGAGUCCUCAACAAUAAAAUGCUGUGAAUCUGUUUCAUUCAGGGAUAUUAUUUAUAUUUUCUAUGAAAAAACGUGUUUAUAGAUGUAAUACAAAUUCAAGCAUUUGAACUGCUAGUUUUCACAAGGACACAGGACAAACAUCACCUGCUGUGGUGGUGGUUGUGAUUUGGCAGAAUAACAGUUUCUGGGGAAUCUUGUCAGCUUGGGUGCUAUCCUAAUAUACCUCUGUUUAAUCGAGCAUAUUGCUGGCUUGCACUAAGAAACACUGUAAUGAGGUAUUUCAUACACUAGUUUUGCAUUAGAAACUCAGGGGUCAACUAAGUUUACUGUAGUCUGGAGAGAUGCAGUUUGUUUUGGGGUUUUUUUGUUGUUGUUUUUGGUUUUCUUUUAGAUAAGGUAAGGACGAUAAAUGAUUCCAGAUUGGCAGAUGUCUGAGCACAUCAACUGGAUCCAAAAAAUCCACGCCUACAUUUUUUACUUCAGCACUCCUUUGUAAAUCCACACACCUAAAGCUUGACUGUAUUGUGAGGUGAGCCAAAUGAACUCUUCCCCACACAUUUCUUAUUUUGUUUUGCUUUGUAUUGUAGUGAAUAGAUGUAAAUACGUCAUUGAGAUUUAACAAUUAGUUGCUAGCAAAGUGCUUAUUUAAAUCUGACCGGGGUUGUCGUCUUUUUCUUUUCUUUACGUUUAACUGCAUUUUCUUGCCAUGUGUCACAAGUUGGUACUUUUUUUUGCCAAGUACGAAUAACCAACAGUACUUAAAGCAAGAUACUGCAAUUUCUCAUAUUGGGAAGAUCUUUUAUCAUUGUCCUGUGUUACCUACUUUCAGUAUUAAAUUCUUUUUGCAGAGUUGACUUAAAUAUUUUCCCGGCCAUGUUUUCUUUUUGUUUGAGGACGUUUCCAAAUACAGUCGCUUGGUGACCUUUCGCUCAACAUUUUUCGUACUACACCUUUAAUAGAUUUCACAGUGAAACUGUUCAUGAAAUGUGGUUGUGGAGUGCAAUGAAAUAAUUAUUUCUCCCAUGAAUAAAGACAUCAGAUCAAGGUGUAA